CCCGAAGGCUUCGCUCCCCAGCGCCAGGGUUUCGAAAUCCGUUGCACGAAUCGUGGCCUGGGGAGCUUUGAUUCAUGGCGCUUCAGGAGGGAUCGCCUCCUUCGGAGGGAGAGAGUAGUAUCGAAUGUCCGUGGAGGGGCAGGAGUCCUGAGACCCCCAAAGGGAAGCUGCCUUCUGCCGCAUUCUUCAGACCAUUGGGGGAGACGCGUUCAACAUGGCUCUUCUGAUAGUCCGUAACCAGUUUGGCUCAGGCUUGGCCCGCGGCAUCCGCAGAGCGGUUGGAGACACAGGCGCGCCGAGUAGCUUUCCCACUGGGGGCCAUGGCUCGCUUCACCCUGGCCAUCUUACUGCUGUCCGCCCGCGCGCUGGCGGACGCGGGGUGCGUCGCCGACGGCACGUGCCCGACCUAUGAGGCCGAUACCUCCGCGCUUCUGCAGAGCCGGGCCUCACGCUUCGGAGCUACGCUGGCGCGGACGACGUGCCCAGGGAGCAACACCUCAUGUGCCGGCAACCAGUGCUGCCCCCGCACGGCUGGGCAGCACGGGGGGGACAAGACUUUCUCGUGCCCGAGCGCGGAUGCCGGCUGGGACGGCUGCGAGACCGGCGUCGCAGCUCUCGUGCAAGCUGAUACGGUGACGUGCCCAGGGAGCAACACCUCAUGCGCCGGCAACCAGUGCUGCCCCCGCACGCCCGGGCAGCACGGGGGGGACAAGACUUUCCCGUGCCCGAGCGCGACGAUGGCUGGGACGGCUGUGAGACCGGCGUCGCAGCUCUCAUGUGAGCGUGAUUCAUCUUGUUAAUUUUCCGUGCUGGCCAGAGGGCACCGCUUCAAUGCGCACGCUGCUUACGUUGCCUGUGUCUGCAUCGAGACUCGCCUGCGUCAAGUCAGGGCCCUUGGUUUCCGUCUUGCAAUGGCAACGAUGGCGCAUCUGUUUCAUCUCGAAUACCUAGUGUGUGCACCUCCCCGACCCGAUCAAUUUCUCACAUUGCCAAUUGUACUCCCGCCUUUCAUCCUGCGCACUUUUGCGAGAGAAGAGGGUUCGCCGAUCGCAGCGCCCGUGCCUUCAGACUUGGGCACGUCUGUUGAAGUGUCAACGAGGGCAACGUUUUUGCAACCAUGAGUUCGCCACGCACGGACGUGCAAGCAUCUGCAGCUGACGGCCAGCCAGCUGACUGGCAGCUGUAGAUCCGACUUUGAACUGCCAGCUGACAGGGGCUGUAUAGCGCAUGCAUCCAAUUGCCUGCGCAUCCAUGGGUCCCGCAUACAUACUAGUUCGCUCGCACCGCGGCGCCGCGGGUUGCAAAACAACGAUGUUGAUUCAAAUGCCGUUAUGCAUGCUUGGUACUGUUGCGCACCUGUGCGGUUUUUAUCGAAGACGCCUACGGCGACUCACCGCCGUCCCUUGCCCCUUUGGAAGCGCCUCAGUGGCCGACAGCUGGGCCGGAGCUCGGCCAAACUAUCGGGCCGGUUGUUCUCCG